GUGACUGUUGCUGUCUGGCAGCUAUGACAACGAAGCUCAAAAGUUUGUAUGAAUGGCUUCAGUGAAGAAGAAGCUGUCCUCCUCUAAAGUGCACCAAAAGUCUCUGAAAUGUACCGUAUACUUGGACAUUCAGACAGUCACAUGUCCAGGAGUGCUCCUGUCCAAGAAAAACGAUAUCUACCUCAGUGUGCGUAUCAUGGGCCAGUACAGGAAGACUCCAUGUUUGCCACCUGUGUUCCCUUUACGCUUCCAACACAAAAUGGUGUUUGCCAAGACUUUCCCCGGCGUUGUUGACCCUGCUGAUGUAGCUGACCUCCUGGAAGCUGACACAACAUCUUUUGAGCUGAUUCAGUUGGUGCCUCCAGAGGGUGAGGUCCUAGCCAUGAUGGAGGAGGGCAGCAGAGAUUUCCUGUAUCCUGGUCCCAGACUGAGCUCCAGGGAAGGAGCUGCAGAGAGAGAGAUACUGAUGAAGAGAUCUUCCUCCUUUCCUGGAAUCUCCCCCAAAGUGGAGUUUGCUACAACAUCAGUCAUAGAAGAGAGUGACGGCAGAGACAGCUGGCCUGCCUCAUCUACUUGCUGUCUUUCUCCCUUGAGGACAUCUUUAAACCCAUCCACACAGACUUCACCAAAAAAGUCUUUGCCGUCCAGCAGGCAUUGUUCCAAAAUGCAUGACACAAACUGUGUCUCUGGGAAAGGUGGGAAAGUAAAGUUAAAUGCUGAGGCUACAAUUACAAACUCUGGAUCGUCCUCAACACCCAGACACUCCUCGUCCCUCAGCCGACAUCCCCAGAAAAACAAGAAUGAAAGAAAGCACACUUGUAGAGUUUCUGUAGAGUCUGGCUACCAGCAGCCCACAGUUUCCUCAAGGACACGAGCCUUGUCCCCUUACACCCACCGCAAGAUGUGCCAGCUUUCAGAGGACGCCAGGCAGAGACUCAGCCAUCUCCAGCUGGGGCCUCACCACUUCAGGAAGGAGACUGAGAGCCAGCCGCCCUUCUUGGUGUCUCGUUGCAGUAGUGCCUCUGUGAUGGGGACUCCUUCCUCCUCUCCACAGAACAGUAGCAUCCAUCGACACUCUCUCAGCUUCAGAGCUGAUCACACAGAUUCCUCUCUCCUGGGGAGUUACAGACCAAGAACAGCCAGAGUGAAAUCAGGUUCUGUGAGGGUCCAGUCAUCUCCAGAGACACACUCAAGACUUGAAGCCCAGACCAGAAGCCCUGAGAGCAGUGCUGCCUUAGAUCAGUCCAAACUGGCCAUGUCCAACUGCAGAAGUCCUCUAAAUCUCAGCCAGUCCCUCAGAGAAAGGCUUCAGACCCAUCAGCUCAGUCCAUCCUACAGCGAGCAGAUCCACAGCCGAGUCCAGAGGAUUCUGCAGACACACAAAACCACCUGGGACCACCACCAAAUGACCUUUGACCUUUGACCUGAUCUGCCCACAAUGUGACCAAACAACUGAGUUUCCAAUACAAAGACUAUUCAGUGUUAAACCAAUCACUGUAGUAAUGCAUACUUUAAAUUCAAACUCUGUAGGAGAGGAUGCACACAGAGACAUUAACACACCUUCUUAACAUCACAAUUUUAUCAUUUAGAGAGUCAAAACAUCUCACAUGCAUGUCUUCAUUUCUCUCUAUUUGACGUUCAUUUAAAUUUAAAACCUUUCUGAGCCGUGUUUGUUGUUGUUACCCUUUGAAAAAGCAGGAAAUGUGCAGGGGUUACAUUCAAAAGCAUAGCAGCACUACCUCCCUCCGACCCAUCAGCUGGACUGUUUUUGUUUUUUGUUUUUUUAUUUUAAAAAAAAUGCCCGAUGAUGUAACCAAACAGAGACAUUGUUGCAUUUCUCUAAAGCUGUGUGUGAAAUUGGCUCGGGUAUAAAGAAGCAACAUUUUUUGUGUGUGUAUGGGAAGAAGACAUGGAUGCAAGCUGCAGCUGUUAAGGGCUCAUCUCUCACAACACAAAAGACAGACAAGAAGGUAGCCAAGAGCCACCGCUGGGAACCAGCAGCUACAAUAGAGUGAAGAGAUACAAGAGAAAGGAGGAAAAAAAGUAAUCCUGGAUGAAGAGCAGGAGACCCCAAAAAAUCAGCCUCAACAUAAAUUACUACAGUUAUUCAGAUCCAUAGUGUUCAAGUGAACGAGUGUUUGUUUGUGCUUAUCAGAGCUCAUCUGCUCAUGAACACUUCACCUGUGUGACAGUGUUUCAUUCAAUCAAAAGAGCUAAAUAACAACUUUUAUAAAAUGAAAUACAGCUGUGUUAUGUGCUCUCUUCAUAGUUGUACCUGCAAAUUAAUUUAUUUCUGAAUGAAACCAAAUAUAGAACAUGUAUUUAUUCUGCAGGAGGGAUUUAGUAAUAUAGUGAAUAAUGAUGGUCUCGGACUUUCGGCGAUGCUGUGGGUACACUUUAACUAAUGUACAACCGGGAUUAAAAAGCUAAAUUCCAAUCAUGUUCCUGUCUCUGACUCAUAUUGGCCAAGAGUUCAAGAAGCUACAAUGCAAAACUGUACUUCUCUUUACAUGUCAGUUUUCAUAGCCUGCAUCUGCUUCUUUGUCUUUAAUACCAGUAACUACGUCUGAAAACAUGACAUAAUUGAACUUGAACUUGAACUUGAAAUAUUGUCAUUUUUUUUUUCCUUAUUUGACAUACUGUACCAUGACUUUUUUGUAUGACAUACUGUACUAUGUCCUUUUUUAUAACAUACCAUACUAUGACCUUUUUUGACAUACUAUACCAUGACCUUUUUCUCGACAUAAAAUACUAUGACCUUAUUUGACAUACUAUGAUUUUUUUCGUCAUGCUUUUCUAUAACUUUUUUUGACAUACUAUAUUGUAACUUUUUUCAUCAUACAAUACUAUGACCUUUUUCAUUAUACUAUACCAUGACUUUUUUUCGACAUAGUAUCUUGACUUACACUAUGAUGUUUUUUCAUGAUUUUUGACGACAUGCUAUACUAUGACGUUUUUUUCUUGAUUUUGGACGACAUGCUAUACUAUGACAUUUUUUUCAUGAUUUUGGACGACAUGCUAUACUAUGACGUUUUUUCAUAAUUUUGGACGACAUGCUACAAAAAUGCUAUAAUAUGUUUUUUUUUAUUUUGGACUACUAUGACGUUUUUUUCUUCAUGAUUGUUGAUGACGUGACUUUUUUUCAUGAUUUUUGACGACAUGCUAUACUAUGACGUUUUUUUCUUGAUUUUGGACGACAUGCUAUACUAUAACGUUUUUUCAUGAUUUUGGACAACAUGGUAUACAGUGACAUUUUUUCAUGAUUUUGGACGACAUGCUAUACUAUGACUUUUUUUUCAUGAUUUUGGACGACAUGCUAUACUAUGACUUUUUUUUCAUGAUUUUGGACGACUUGCUAUACUAUGACGUUUUUUUAAUUAUUUUUGACGACUAUGACGUUUUUUUCUUCAUGAUUGUUGAUGGCGAGCUUUUUUUCAUGAUUUUUGACGACAUACUAUACUAUGACGUUUUUUUCUUGAUUUUGGACGACAUGCUAUACUAUGACAUUUUUUUCAUGAUUUUGGACGACAUGCUAUACUAUGACUUUUUUUCAUGAUUUUGG